AUGUUCAAGCGAGUGGACCAGCAGAACUCAGAGGUUCCCAGUGGUCCAUCUGCCCAGCAGCAUCAAACCCAGCUGGACUCCAUAUUUAUGCUGCUGGUGAAAAACAUUGUUGGUUUUGUGAAGAAGGAGCUGAAGAAAAUCCAGAAGGUUCUGAGUCCAGAUGAACCAGAAGGCUUAGAGAGUCAGUGGAAGGAUGAGGAGCAUAUGAGGAGCAGCAGAAGGGCUUUGCUGCAGAAAGGAAACCUGAUCUUCUAUGAAUCAGACCUGACAGAAUGUGGCAUCGAUAUCAAAGCAGCCUCAGUUUACUCUGGAGUAUUCACACAGAUCUUUAAAGAGGAGAGAGGACUGUACCAGAACCAGGACAAGGUGUUCUGCUUCAUCCAUCUGAGUGUUCAGGAGUUUCUGGCUGCUCUUCAUGUUCACCGGACCUUCAUCACUCGUGGAAUCAACCUGAUGGAAGAAGAACAAAAAAAGACUUAUUUUUUAUCUAAAUUAUCUAAGACAGCAAAACCAAGAAUUCUCCAUCAGAGUGCUGUAGACAAGGCCUUGCAGAGUCCAAAUGGACACCUGGACUUAUUCCUCCGCUUCCUCCUGGGUCUUUCACUGCAGACCAAUCAGACUCUCCUACAAGGUCUGAUGACCAAGGCACGAAGUAGCUCAUUGACCAAUCAGGAAACAGUUCAGUACAUCAAGGAGAAGAUAAAUGAGAAUCUGUCUGCAGAAAAAAGCAUCAACCUGUUGCACUGUCUGAAUGAACUGAAUGAUCGUUCUCUGGUCAAGGAGAUCCAAAAGGCUCUGAGAUCAGGAAGUCUCUCCACAGAUAAGCUGUCUCCUGCUCAGUGGUCAGCUCUAGCCUUCAUCUUAGUGACAUCAGGAGAAGAUCUGGAGGUGUUUGACCUGAAGAAAUACUCUGCUUCAGAGGAGGCUCUUCUCAGGCUGCUGCCAGUUGUCAAAGCUUCAAACAAAGUUCUACUGAAUGACUGUAACCUCUCAGAGAGAAGCUGUGAAGCUCUGGCCUCAGUUCUCAGCUCCCAGUCCUCUAAUCUGAGAGAGAUGGAUCUGAGUAACAACAAGCUGCAGGAUUCAGGAGUGGAGCUGCUGAUUGCUGGAUUGAAGAGUCCAAACUGCAAACUGGAAACUCUCAGGUCUGAACAUCCGUCCAAGUUACAUUUGAGGCCUUGUGUUAUAAUGUUGAAUGUUUAUGUGAUAAAAUUAGUGAGAAUUGGAGCAUUUUUUACUGCAAAUUUAAAAAAUUGA